AUGUCGUAUGAGGAUUCGCUCUCGUCGCAAUAUCUGACGUCGUCCAUCUCAUCGCUGUCGUCGGCGCGCGCCCAGUCAUCCCAGAUAGCCAGGACCUACCGCCAGGCUGCUCAAUUGUUUCUGACCCGCAGACUCUACGAAGCCUUGUCUACCAUUGAUCCCAUCAUCUCGCCAGAGGCUCCCGACUCGCCUCUGCAACAGCAUGACCAGAGCACAAGCAAUGCCGCGCCAGUCGCAUUUGCGUCCAAAACAACCAGAGUCAAAGUGUGGAGCUUCUACUUGACAUUGCUCAAUGCUAUCAUAGAACUGGGUCCGGAAGAAGGCAAGCUAGUCUUUGGAAGUACCAAGUGGAGAGAAUUGGCCGCCUAUGCUCGCCAGGGCACUAUCUGGGACCUCGUCGUCAACCAAGGCUACCAAGGAAACGAAGGUGUAGUAGAUGGCGAGGUUGUCGUCAACCUUGCCACACUACUUCUAGCACACAUGCCGUCGCAGAAGCUGAACCAACAGCGCCUUGAAUCAUACCUGUCUGCCCUCUCCAACCCCACCUUUGACAUUGCUGCCCACAUCGAAGGCUCUCGCCAGUCAGCCCGUAAUUCUGCCCACUCCAAUGGAACGAGCACUCCUCGCGAUUUGAAUAUCCGUCUUAAGCUUCUCGAGCUCUACACCCUCCACGUUCUGCCCCAAAAUGACGAAUGGGACUACGCCCGGGACUUUAUUGGUAUGAGCGAGGUUCUGGAUGAUGAGAGAAGAGAUGCUUUCCUGCAAGCACUGCACACAUUGAAAGAGGAGAAGGCGCUUGACGCUAUCAGGGAGAAGGAGCUGCAGCGUCGUCAAGAUGAAGAGAUGCAACAAAGACGCAUGGAAGAGGAAAGACGACAGAGAGAGGCCGCCAAAGCAGAACAGGAGAAGAGACGUCGCGAGACCGAGGAGAGGCCACGCACGGCUGGCUCGGGCUCCGGCUCGGGCUCGCAGAAUAGGACGCCUUCCACCUCCAGCAACCAUAGAGCUGGACAGGCAAACAGAAACCUACCUGCAUCGAAAGCGAAGCCUGCUCAGAAGAAACCAGCACCUCCUUCACCACGCGUUUAUCGCUCUUUCUUUGCAUCUAUGCAAGCGGCCAUACUGAACGCUAGGAAGUCUGUCAUGCAGAAUCCCAUAGUGUUGCUUCGCUUUGUCCUCUUUCUACUAGCUUUCACCUUGGCCUUUGGACGCCGAGAUGUUAGAGAUAGAAUCAGGCGAAGCUUCCAGAGCGGCUUGAAUAAAGUCAAGUCGACUGUUGGAAUGGGUGUCAAGGUUUCCUACAUCUGA